CGGGGUGGUAAUGAGCUGUAAUAGCGGUGGGAAGAGAGUUGUCCCAAAACAAGUUGAAAAUUGGCCAGAACAUCGGAAUAAAGAAAUCAAGCAGGUUAAGAAGAACAUAAAGGAGUCCAAGUUACAAUCCUCGCUCUGACUGGCUGCCUUUCUGAAACGUUAACCACAUUUUUAAAAUAAGUUAGAGCACCUGUGGGGUUCUUCACUGCUGUGGUGCACAGAGAGUGGUUUGAAAAUGCCCAAAGCUGGGAAUCCACAGCCGGCCAGCACGGCUGCAGUGAGCAGUAAGGAGGAGGAGGUCGCCUCUCAGUCGAGCUCCACUUCAGGUUCAAGCUGCACUGCUUGUUUAAGAUGCUUCCGACGCGUGAUCCCGGUUGGUUUCAAAGAAGAGUUAUACCAGCUGUCAUGUUUGGCAGGGCCAGUGUUUGUGUCUCAGCUGAUGAUUUUUUUGAUCGGAUUCGUCAGCACCGUGUUUUGCGGCCAUCUGGGAAAACUAGAACUAGCUAGUGUUGCACUCUCCAUAGCGGUCAUAAAUGUUUCAGGCAUUUCUGUGGGAACUGGUUUAGCUUCAACGUGUGACACGUUGAUAUCGCAGACAUACGGCAGUGGGAACUUGAAGCGAGUGGGAGUGAUUCUGCAAAGAAGCAUCCUCAUUCUACUGCUGUUCUGCUUCCCUUGUUGGGCUCUUUUAAUAAACACUGAAUCCCUUUUACUGGCUGUGAGGCAGAACCCAGAGGUGGCCAGGAUGUCCCAGCUGUACGUGAAGAUAUUCAUGCCCGCUCUUCCUGCAACAUUUAUGUACCAGUUACAAGGUCGCUAUCUGCAGAAUCAGGGUAUAAUCUGGCCUCAAGUAAUCACUGGUGCAAUUGGGAAUGUUAUAAAUGCGCUCAUAAACUACAUCUUUUUGUAUGUGCUGGACCUGGGAGUGGCGGGCUCCGCGGGGGCCAACGUAAUAUCUCAGUUCAUUCUAAUGGUUCUUCUGUUUGGGUACAUCCACUGGAAGAAGCUACAUAAAGACACCUGGGCAGGCUGGACUACAGAAUGCCUGCAGGAAUGGGGGGACUUCGUGCGCCUGGCGAUCCCCAGCAUGUUUAUGCUCUGUAUAGAGUGUUGGACUUACGAGAUCGGAGGCUUCCUCGCAGGUCUGAUCAGCGAAGUGGAACUUGGGGCUCAGUCUGUCUUCUACGAGCUGGCUUACAUUAUCUACAUGGUCCCUUUAGGCAUCAGCGUGGCAGCCAGCGUGCGCGUGGGAAACGCUCUGGGUGCUGGGAACACAGAAGAGGCCAAGACCACCAGCAAAGUGGCCAUGAUGGGUGCAGGUGUGUUUGCAGUGCUGUUGGCUAUAAUAAUUGCACCUUUGAAGGACCUGGUCGGCUACAUCUUCACCACGGAAGUAGAGAUCAUUGACUUGGUUUCAAAAGUCAUGGUUCUGUUCGCUCCAUUACACUUCUGCGAUGGGCUUGUGGGUGUCUCUGGGGGUAUUGUGAGAGGAGUCGGCAGGCAGAAGUUCGGAGCCAUCUGUAAUUUGGUCGGAUACUAUGUAGUGGGGUUACCUGUAGGAGUUUCAUUAAUGUUCGCUAUGCAUAUGGGAAUUGUUGGUCUGUGGACAGGCAUGCUAUUGUCCGUGGCUAUGCAGGCAGUCUCCUUCAAUAUCUUCAUUGUGAAACUGGACUGGAAGAAGGUCACACAGGAGGCCCUGGUCCGAGCUGGGGUGCAGACCCUGAGAGACGGCAGAGAGAACGAGGUUCAUGUGAACGGGAUUGACAGUGCGGACCCCUCCCCAGACUCCAAGGUUGAGGAGGAGAUGGCAAUGGAGGACCUGAGUCCCAGCCACACUGACACGGAGGGGCUUGGGGACGGCAGAGCAGAGGGCUCGAUGAGCCCGGUCGGGGGGAUCCUGUCCCUCCAGCAGCUGGUCCUGCGCCGGGGGCUGGCUGUGAUCGGGGGGCUCCUCAUCCUGGCUGCGGGGAUCAUCGUCAACGUCACUCUCACCGAGUUCACAUGGCACUCCAACAGCACGGUGUCGCCAGACACAGGCAGCAACGCAACACAGCACCGCUUCUAGCACGGCUGUUACAGAGUGGACAAAGAAACUCCCUUUUAUUAACAGACUGCACACCCUGAAAAGAACAAAACUAUAGGCAUCCUGCCUGGCGGAAGUAGAGCACAGAGAAGCUGUUAGGACAGCCUCCCUCUGCUCUGUACUAGUGGCUCUUGUACUCUGUUAACAGCCUCCCUCUGCUCUGUACUGGUGGCUCUUGUACUCUCUUAACAGCCUCCCUCUGCUCUGUACUGGUGGCUCUUGUACUCUGUUAACAGCCUCCCUCUGCUCUGUACUGGUGGCUCUUGUACUAUCUUAACAGCCUCCCUCUGCUCUGUACUGGUGGCUCUUGUACUCUGUUAAUAGCCUCCCUAUUCCAGUUUCACUAUAAAAUAAAAAUAACUGGGGGUUUUGAGGAGUGGGGUAAAAACAGAAACCAGUGUGUUCCUGAUAAGUGUUUCCAGCAGUGAAUAUUUUACUUUGGUGUUGGAAACACUGUUAUCAAGAACAAACUGUUUUUUUUGUUUUUUUUAUUUAUUCAUAAAAACAAAAUUUUACUAAAAACAAAAAAUGUUACAAAAAAUCGCCUUAUAGGAAUGUGAAAAACGGGCUACUUUUGAGUUCAUAUCUGUUACUGCUGUGUUUUGUCAUGUAGCCAUUUUUUAUUUUAUGCUAUCUGGAAUGUUCACUGAUAAAUUGAUUCACAGAAAUGCUUGAUUUCGAGAUCGGUAUCAAUAGUUAGUGGCUCUAGUACACUAUAACAGCAUGGAAGGUUUUUGUAUGUAUAAACCAGCUUGGUGAUUUUAAAAUAAAAAAGAGAAAUGUAACUAAGUAUUUGCACUUGUACGGUAUUGUUGGCUGUAAACCCUAGAAACGUUUUGGUUGAAAUUGACCGUGAAUGUGUUUUGUUUUGUUUUUUUCGGUGGAAUUAUAAGACUUUGAUUUC